UAUUGAUCCCAAGGGAAACUGGGUUUCGUUACAGUUGCACCAACCAAGAAUAGUGUAGAAAUAUAGCAAUAUAAACAAUAAAUAAUUAAAUAAUAAUGUUGAUCAUGCCAUGUGGAAAUAAGUCCAGGACCAGCCCAUUGGCUCAGGGUGUCUGACACUCCGAGGGAGGAGUUGUAAAGUUUGAUGGCCACAGGCAGGAAUGACUUCCUAUGAUGCUCAGUGUUACAUCUCGGUGGAAUGAGUCUCUGGCUGAAUGUACUCCUGUGCCUAACCAGUACGUUAUGGAGUGGAUGGGAGUCAUUGUCCAAGAUGGCAUGCAACUUGGACAGCAUCCUCUUUUCAGACACCACCAUCAGAGAGUCCAGUUCCACCCCCACAACAUCACUGGCCUUACGAAUGAGUUUGUUGAUUCUGUUGGUGUCUGCUAUCCUCAGCCUGCUGCCCCAGCACACAACAGCAAACAUGAUAACACUGGCCACCACAGCCUAGUAGAACAUCCUUAGCAUCGUCCGGCAGAUGUUAACAGACCUCAGUCUCCUCAGGAAAUAAAGACGGCUCUGACCCUUCUUGUAGAGAGCCUCAGUGUUCUUUGACCAGUCCAGUUUAUUGUCAAUUCAUAUCCCUGGGUAUUUGUAAUCAUCCAUCAUGUCCACACUAACCCCUUGGAUGGAAACAGGGGUCACCUGUGCCUUAGCCCUCCUCAGGUCCACCACCAGCUCCUUAGUCUUUUUCACAUUAAGCUGCAAAGGAUACCAAAAGUUUCUUCAGAUACAUAAAGUGUCAAAGGGAGGUGAGAAUAGACAUUGGACCGCUGGAAAAUGAUGCUGGAGAGGUAGUAAUGGAGGACAAGAAAAUGGUGGAGAAACUGAAUAAGUAUUUUGCAUCAGUCUUCACUCUGGAGGACAUUAGCAGUAUGCUGGAAGUUUGAGAGUGUUAGGGGGCAGAAGUGAGUGAAGUUACAAUUACUAUGGAGAAACUGAAAGUCACCUGAACCAGAUGAUUUACACCCCAGGGUUCUGAAAGAGUUGGCUGAAGAUUUCAUGGAGGCAUUCAUAAUGAUCCUUUAGGAAUCAAUAGAUUCUGCAUGGUUCCAGAGGACUGGAAAUUUGCAAAUGUCACUCCAUACUUCAAGAGGGAAAGGCAGAAGAAAGGAGAUUAUAGGUCAUUGGCUGGGAAGAUGUUGAAGUCGAUUGUUAAGGAUAUGGUUUCAGAGUACUUGGAAGCACAUGAUAACAUAGGCCUAAGUUAGUUUACUUAAGCAAAAAUCUUGCUUGACAGAUCUGUUGGAUUUUUUGAAGAAAUAACAAGCACUAUAGACAAAGGAGAAUCAGUGGAUGUUGUAUAUUUGGAUUUUCAGAAGGCCUUUGACAAGGUGCCACACAUGAGGCUGCUUAACAAGAGCCCGUGCUAUUACAGGCAAGAUACUAGCAUAGAUAGAGCAUUGACAGAGCAGGAGGCAAGGAAUGGGAAUAAAAAAGGCCUUUUCUGGUUGGCUGCCUGGGACUAGUGGUGCCCCACAGGGGUCUGUGCUAGGACCAGUUAUUUUCACAUUAUAUAUCAAUGAUUUGGAUGACGAAAUUGAUGGCUCUGUGGCCAAGUUUGUUGAUGAUACAAAGAGAGGUAGAGGGGCAGAUAGUGUUAAGGAAGCAGAGAGGCUACAGAAGGACAUUGAAAGAUUAAGAGUAUAGGCAAAGCAGUGGCAGAUGAAAUACAGUGUUGGGAUGUUUAGGCCAUGCAAUUUGGUAGUAGAGAUGAAAAGGGUGACUAUUUUCUAAAUGGAGAGACAAUGCAAAAAUCUGAGGUGUAAAGGGACCUGGGAGUCCUUGUACAGGAUUCCCUAAAGGUUAAUUUGCAGGUUGAAUUGGUGGUGAGGAAGGCAGAUGCAAUGUUAGCAUUCAUUUCAAGAGGACUAGAAUAGAAAAGCAAGGAUGUAAUGUUGAGGCUUUAUAAGGCACUGCUGAGGCCUCAUUUGGAGUAUUUGUGAGCAGUUUUGGGCCCCUUAUCUAAGAAAUGAUGUGUUGACAUUGGAGAACAUUCAAGAGAUUUACAAAAAUGAUUUCGUCUUGUAAGGCUUAUCAUAUGAGAAGCAUUUGAUGACUCUCUACUCACUGGAAUUAAGAAGAAUGAGCAAUCUCAUGGAAACCUAUCAGAUGUUAAAAGACCUCAAAGAGUGGAUCUGGGGAGGCUAUUCCCGACAGUGGAGGAAUCCCGACAGAACCUCAGAGCAUGGAGCUGAGGAGCAGUUCCUUUAGACAGAAAGUGAUAAAUCUGUGGAAUUAGUUGCUAGAGGCCAAGUCACUGGGUAUACUAAAGACAGAGAUUGAUCAGUCAGGGUGUGGAGGGAUGCAGGAGAAGACAGAUGAUUGAGGCUGAGAGGGAAAUAGAGCAGCCAUGAUGAAAUGGUGGAGCAGACUCAAUAGGCUAAAUGGACCAGUUCUGCUCCUAUAUCUUAUGGUCUUACAAUGCACAUAACAGAAAUGAUAUAUAAUUUAUACAUAAAAUCUGACCAUACAGUGUUAAACUAAGAUGUACAAAAGCAAGACCUCAGUGCAAAUGACCCAACUGAAGACUUGGCAGAGUUGUGUAAGAUGAUAACAGAUAUAGAUAGAGUGGAUAGCCAGAAAUGUUUUCGCAGGUCAUAAAACAUUCAUCAGGGUCUCGGCCCGAAACGCUGGCUAAUCUUUUCUCACGGAUGCUGCCUGACUUGCUGAAUUCUUCCAGCGUCGUGUACAACAUCGUGAGCCGGAUGUCCGAUACUGUACCACUGUACUAUAAUCUAUGAUUUCUGUUCUAUAAACCCGACUUCAUGGAAACUUGGAAUUCUCCCAGAUGACAACUCCUCCGUCGCUAAUUUACUUUACCAACAGCUCUGAAUGUUGUUUGUACAGCGGCUCUGUUGAAGUGGUGAUGAUGUCAGGCGCACUUAUCCAAACCACUUACAGACCGACGGGGCUUCCUCUGUUAAAUAGUUGAAUGAUGAUAGAGCGCUGUGUUCGCUUCCCACCAGGACGACGGAUUUAAAGCCGCAGCAGCGGGUGAGCUGUUUCAGAAGCAAACCCGGCUCAGGUGGGGUGCGCAGCUCUCUUGAGUCAAAGGUUUCAUCUGCACCAGAGGAUCCAGUGCCAAUCUUGGGACGUCCCGAGAAGAGGAGGAAGAAGGCUUCAGCUCUACGCACGACAUCUCCCCAAAGAGACAACUGGUGUGGCCUCCAAUGGCAUCCAACAACCUCAGUGUAGCCAGCAGCCUCACAAACUCCAGCUACUGCCCUGAUGGCAUCUUCUGGGACUGGCUGUAUGCCUUCCUGCCCAUCUACAUCAUGGUGGUGUGCAUCCUCGGCCUGGUGGGCAACACCUUCGUCCUCCUUGUCCUCUGCCUGCACAGGAGCCGGCUCACGGUGCCCGAUAUCUACCUGGGGAACCUGGCCGGCGCCGACCUCCUGCUGCUAGCCUGCCUCCCGUUCUGGGCAGCCAACAUUGCUGAGCGUUUUGCUUGGCCCUUCGGCCAGUUCCUCUGUCGCUUCGUCAACCUCACAAUCUACAUGAACCUCUGGAGCAGCAUCUACCUGCUGGUGAUGGUCAGCAUAGAUCGGUACCUCGCCCUGGUGAGGGUCCUCAACCCUGGGCGUAUCCGCACAGUCUUCUGCGCCAAGAUUAACUGCAGCCUGAUCUGGGCCUUCAGCCUGCUGAUGAGCAGCCCUGCCUUCCUGUUCCGCCGCGUGAUCUUCCAGCCAGACCUCAAUAUAUCUGCCUGCCUGCUUCAGUACCCUCAGCCGGACUGGAGGCUCAAGUUCGACAUCGUCUUCAUUGUUGGCGCCUUCUUCAUUCCUGGAGCUGUCCUCAGCUUCUGCACUGCCAAGAUCCUCAGCGUCCUCCGCAACGACCGCCUGCGACACUUCAGGCUGGUGCGCAAGGAAAGCAAGGCAACUGGCCUGAUCCUCAUCGUCCUCUUGGCCUUCUUAAUCUGCUGGGUGCCCUUCCAGAUUUUCCGGGUGCUGAAAUUCUUCCAGAUUGCAGACCUGCUGACUGGCUGUACCUGGAAAGAGGUCCUCAGUAAUGGCAACCAGAUUGUCACCUUCUUUGGAUGUACCAACAGCUGCAUCAACCCUGUCCUCUACGUUAUGGUAGGGAAGCAGUUCCGCAAAAGGGCCAAGGAGCUCUACUCCCAGUCUGUGGGAAGGAGGAAGUCACUGCUGACAUUCCGGGAGUCCACAGUGACCCAUAACACACCCAUCUCCACUCUGGAGAGGUUAGGCCGCUGAGCUGGGAAGAUGAGCGG